GCACAGCUGCUCUGAAGGCAAACACAAGAGCCUCUGUUCAUUAACGAUCCGGGGAGGCGGCUGGUGUUUGAGAAACAGCAAGAGAGUUGUCGGCUCCUCUCCGUUUAGCAGGGGCCUGAGUUGCAGCGAUUGGCAGCGGAAAAGUUUCUACCGCCAGGAGCUCAGGGAUAACCCCUCUGGAAUGGGAUUGUUGCUUAUCCGUAGCCUCCUUUCAGUCUGGAAACAGCUGUAACCUGAAGAAGCCCUGAGAGAAUUCACAAGACAUUUCUGUGGUAACCGGUUGGCCUCGGACAAAAUGGCUGCUGAGCACAGAAUACCAUGUGGCUUGGGGGCCAAGUUCCAAAUGCCACUAAAGCAGGAGGGGCUGUUAGAGAGGGAAGGGGGAGAGCCAGAGGGGGCAGGCCUCGUUCUGGGUCUAAAAACGGAAGCGCUGGAGGUGGCGAGCCCUGCUUUGGGGGAUGAAAUGGAGGAACUGGGGUCGGUAGACUCCAGAACGGAAGAGGUAAUAGAGAGACUGAAAGGGGCAGGCCCAAAGCUGGAAGAAAAAAUGGAGGAACAGGAGGUAGAAGACCCCAUAUUGCGGGAUGAGUGGGAGAAAGCUCCUGGUGUCCCUCAGGCUGAGGGCUCUGGAGAUUCUGUACCACGAUGGCAAGACCAAGUUCAACAGAGCCCUGAACUGGGGCUGCUUCCACUGAGAGACACCCGAGAGAGGCAGACAGUCCCCCAACGAGUAGCAUCUCCUGGCUCUGACAGCAGGACUCCCCAGGUUCUGAAGUCUUCUUGCCUGGAGGGCACUCGGACUCCUCCAACCUUCUUCAGAAGAGAGGCAGGCAGCAGCCAGUGGCCCUCAGAGGAGCAGGAGGCCCUGACCCAGGCAGGGCUUGGUGAGGAGGCCUCUAAGAUGGAGGAUUUCUCUAAGAAAAUGAAGGAAGAGGUCCCGGAUGAGGACAUGGUUGUCUCGGAGAUUCAGCGGCAGCACUUCCGGCAGUUCUGUUACCAUGAGGCCGAGGGACCCCGCGAGGCCUGCAGCCGCCUCUGGUUCCUCUGCUGCCGGUGGCUGAAGCCGGAGAGGCACACCAAGGAGCAGAUCUUGGAGCUGCUGGUCCUGGAGCAAUUCCUGGACAUCCUGCCGCCAGAGAUCCAGAGCUGGGUCAUGGAAAGCUGCCCGAAGACUUGCGCCCAGGCGGUGACCUUGGCGGAAGGGUUCCAGCCAAGGAAUCGGGUAUCAGAGGGCCAAGAUGAGCAGGUCAAGGGGAUGCUAAAAGAAGAAAUCCCGAAUUUCCUCAAGGCAGAGCAGGCUUCGUUGCAUGGUGAGGCAAAGCGAGUCUCCAGAGAGGCCAAGCCUGAGGACGGCUCUGGGGGUACAAACUUGAUGGCAGGAGAACCACUGCUGACUGCGAUUGAGGACGAAGGAAGCAAACGGCGUGGCGGUUCUGAUGAGGAUGAAACCAAUGGGGUUCCGAUGGGCAGCACAGUAGAGGAAGGUUCCCAAAGUGAGGAGCAGACGGAAGCUUCUGGAAGUUGGCAAGGGCCAGAGGAUCCUCAGAGGAGUUCCCCAGGUGGAAAAAUAGAAAAGCUUCACAAAAGUGAGGAGUCUCCAGGGGAAAGUGCAGGCCAACUGAGAAUCCACACAGUAAAGAGUGAGCACAUGGAGAACGAGAGCAGCUUGGUGGAGAAUUCGGACAUAAUUGAAUUUAAGGUGACCCACACGGGUGACAUGCCGUAUAAAUGCUUGGACUGCGGGAAGAGCUUCAAUUACAGCACCAGCCUCGUAAGACACCAGAGAAUCCACACCGGAGAGAAACCGUACAAGUGCCUGGACUGCGGAAAGUGUUUCUGCCAAAGUUCAGGUCUCACCAUCCACCAGAGAAUCCAUGCCGGGGAGAAAGCCUAUCAGUGUCUGGACUGUGGGAAAAGCUUCCGCGUCAAGUCGCAUCUGAUCCGCCACUCCAUCAUCCACAAGGGAGAGAAGCCGUACAAGUGUCCUGAAUGCGGGGUUAGCUUCUGCGAAAGGUCAGAGCUGAGAAUCCACCAGAGGAUCCACACGGGGGAGAAACCGUACAAUUGCGCCGACUGUGGGAAAAAUUUCUGCCGGAAGGCGGACCUCACUCUCCAUCAGAGGAUCCACACGGGAGAGAUGCCGUACACGUGCCUGGAGUGCGGCAAAGGUUUCCGCUGGAGUUCCAACCUCAUUACCCAUCAGAAAACCCACACAGGGGUGAAACCCUUUGAGUGCACCGAGUGCGGGAAAAGCUACUACUCGAACAUGAGCCUGGUGAGGCACCAGAGAGUCCACACAGGGGGGACCCCGUACAUCUGCUCUGACUGCGGGAAGAGCUUCUGCGAUAGCACCAGCCUGACGAGGCAUCAGAAGAUCCACACAGGGGAGAAGCCGUACACCUGUGCGGAUUGCGGGAAAAGCUUCAACCGCAACUCCAACCUCAUUUCUCAUCAGAGGACACACACGGGAGCCAAGCCAUUCCUGUGCGUGGACUGCGGGAAAAACUUCCGCUCCAAAUCAGAGCUUCACAGGCAUUACACGGUCCAUGUGGGAGAGAAAAGUCGGGGGGGUGAGGCAGAGGUUCCUGCACCCGAGAGAACAAACAGCGACGAGAAAAACAGUGAACAGGAAGUUAUGAAUGAAUGAAUGAAUAGUGGGGGGGGGGGAGGAGAAAGCCUGCCAUAAUUAGAAACUUAGAUUGCUUGGUUUAUCACCCUGCGUAAUCCCCAUUAACUUUUUUUUUGUUUUUGCAAAGACUUUUAAAAGAUUUUCAAAAAACAACAGCCCAUGGCUUUGUGUUCCCAUCUUGAUAGAUAGGUAGAAAUCUAUGGCCUUCUGUGCCGCUAAAAACAUGUGGACGUCUAUCCUUGCUGCCAGUUUCCCCCUUAUCCUCUUCCUCCUUCGUCUCCUAAAUCUGAAACUCGAAGAACAAUAUUGUCCUUUUUGUAAAAAAAAAAAAAAAUGUGUGCGCUGAUGAAAUCAGGUGUCUGAUCUUUGCAUGUUCUUGAAUCUCAAGUUAACGCUUUGUUCUAAUAACACACUAAUCCUUUU